UUUUAUGCAGAGGUAAAUAAAAAGGAAAAGUUGAUAAUAAUGAUGAUGAACAUGAGCAGUAACAAUACUAAUACACUAAUACUAAUAAUAAUCCAACAAUAAAUCAUACACACAGCAAUAACAAUAACAACAACCGGAUGAUGGCUGAGUCAACUCACCACUUUCUUCUGGAAGCCAUCAAGACAGCUCUCAUCAAGAUUUUCGUCUCUCCAUAUGCCACCGUGUGUGAUUUAUAUUGCGGAAAAGUAUUAGAUGAAGAGAGAUGGGAUGAAGCUAAAAUUGGUCACUUCAUUGGAAUUGAUGAAGCAUCAUCUGGAGUUGGAGAAGUUCGAGAAGCAUGGGAGAGUCCGCACAAGACUUAUACUUCCGACUUUUAUGAGCUUGAUCCUUGCACUGAAAAUUUGGAAGCAAUUUUGGGUGAUAAAGCAAACACAGUUGAUAUAGUUUGUUGCAUGCAACGUUUGCAGUUUUGUUUUGAAACCGAGGAGAAAGUACGAAGACUUCUACAUAAUGUAUCAUCUUUGUUGAAACCGGGGGGUUAUCUUAUUGGUAUUACUCUGGACUCAUCUACUUUAUGGGCAAAGUAUCAGAAAAGUGUUGAAGCAUACCACAAUCGGAGUGGUGGUAUGAAGCCCAAUCUUGUUCCCAAUUGCAUUCGAUCAGAAAGCUAUAUGAUCACUUUUGAAGUUGAAGAAGAAAAGUUUCCAUUUUUCGGGAAAAAAUACCAAAUGAAGUUUGCGAGUGAUGCUUCUGCUGAAACACAUAGUUUGGUGCAUUUUCCAAGCUUGAUAAGGUUGGCUAGGGAAGCUGGUCUUGAGUAUGUUGAGAUACAAAACUUGCUAGAAUUCUAUGAUGAUAAUAAAACACAGUUUUCGGGGAUGCUAGGAGAAGUCGGUCAUGGUUUUCUGGACCCCAAAGGAAGACUCUUACCGAAAUUCCAAGAUGUACUAGGUUUGUAUACCACAUUCAUAUUUCAAAAGCCUGAUCCUGAUGUUACCCCUCCGCUUAUGACCCCAUUGUUGCAUAAUGUAACCCAAAUCCUUGACGAGAGGGAUUGGCAAGGUAGCGUGUGGAGGGACGAAGAGAAAACUGGAGCAUCACAUGCAGAAUCAUCUUUUUGCCUGAGCAAGAUAACUGAACAAAAAGGGAUAUUAGGUCCUGGACCUUCAGACCUGCGUUUCUCGGAAGCUAUCUAACCUUAUUUCCGGUGUUCAACUAACGUAACCAAUCAAUCUAUGUAUUUAUGUUCAAGAACUAAGUAGGAAAAUGACGGAUUUUUAACUUUUAUAAUCCUAUAUAUAGGAAAUAGAGUAUUAUAUGUUGUUUAUUGAAAUUUGACACGUGAGACAGCAGGCAGACUCGAAGGGAUUGAUUGUGAGAUAGAGACCUAUUUUCGAGAGCUUAAAAGUUAAAGUUGGUAUAGGAGCAUUGAUUUGAAAGCAGUCACUUCCUUGAUUAUUAAUAGUACAUUUUUAGGUAUUCUCCUUCAGGGUAAAGUUUAAACUGGUUACAUAUCAAGUUUGUUCAGUCUUUA